AUGACCAACUCUAAUCUUGCCACUUUUGUUUCUGUAUUUAAUAGAUAUGCACCAAGACCACCUCUAGCUGUUAUUUCCACGGGCGUUAUUGGAUUCUUUUGGCUAACUUACCUCUUUUCAUGGAUAAAUCCUUCUUUAUUGUCAUCUUGGGCAUUCUCCCCAAAUAAACUUGUCCAACACUAUGACCCUUCUACUUUCACAACAUACCCAUUGAUCCAUAGCGGGUUUUUCCAUGUCUUGUUCAAUUCAAUGGCUCUAUAUUACCCACUAUCGGAAUAUGAAGUGUCUCAUGGUUCAUUGCAUACCGCCUUGGUAAUCAACACCUUGGGUGCAAUACUAGCAAUCACAAUCACUGUGAUCUCCAUUAUACUGGUACAUCUGGGAUUGAAGUCCCCAGAUUGCAUGGAUAAUCUUUACCUUGGUUCAUCUGGUUGGGUCUUCACCUUCAUAACAGUCUCUUGUUGCCAUAGGUCAAUUAAUGACCCUUAUACAGUGCUGUUCAACCACUAUAAUGUUCCAACAGUGUUUAUCCCACUGGUGUACCUACUGCUUUCAGCAUUCCUAUUCCCAAGCUCCUCCUUUAUUGGCCAUUUGGUAUCGAUCAUUCUAGGAUUUCUAAUCUUCAAGAAGAUCAUUGCUUUAUUGACUAUUCCCCCAUUCCAAAUCUUGAACAAGAUAGAAUCCUUAUCCGUGUUCCAUAAUGCAAUCGAAGCCAUUUUUCCCAAGGAUAUUUUUGUAUGGACCUGGGAAAACGAAGUGUUAUCCUCGAGAUACACAGUAUCCGAUUUCAGCACUCCUCUGGGGUUGCCACUGCAUCACGGUAAUGUCGAUGCCACAACACAGCCGCCUUUCAAAGGCCCUGGAGAGAAACUGGGAAGUUCAUCCACCACUGCCUGA